AUGGGCGCCCUCCCCACGUGGGAGCCAGCCGCUGUGAAUGUGACCUUCGGGGGCCCGGGGGCUGGGAGCGGGCCCCUCUCCAGCCCCUGGUACCACGCCGCCAAGACUCAGCUCUUGGGAGUUUUACUGGCUGCUGCUGGAAAUUUUUUGAUUAGUGUAUCUUUGAAUAUACAGAAAUGCGCUCAUCUGCGACUGGCUUGCCAGACAGAUCCAAAGCCCUACUACACAAGCAAAUUAUGGUGGUGUGGGAUUAUCCUGCUGGGACUUGGAGAGGUGGGGAUUUUCACAGCCUACGGAUUUGCCCCUGCUGCCCUUGUCGCUCCGCUUGGAUGUGUCUCCAUCAUAGGUAGUGCAUUUAUUUCGGUCUUAUUCCUAAAGGAGAUGAUGAAGGGUCCUGUUAUAUUGGGAGGAACACUCACAGUAGCAGGAACAUACUUGUUGGUGACUUUCACUCCAAAUGUACACCAAGAGCUCACAGCGAAGAAAGUACAGAAUUACUUAGUGAGUUGGCCUUUUGUGAUAUAUGCGAUUUUAGAAAUAAUCAUAUUCUGCAUUCUCCUCUAUUUUUACAAAAGAAAGGCUGUGAAGCACAUUGUGGUUUUGUUAAUGAUGGUAGCGCUACUAGCAUCCCUGACAGUCAUUGCUGUAAAGGCUGUGGCCGGCAUGAUAACAUGCUCUGUGAAGGGUAAAAUGCAGCUUACUUAUCCUGUUUUCUAUAUCAUGUGCAUUUUAAUGGCAGCUACUUGUGCUUUCCAAGUCAAGUUCUUGAAUCAAGCAAUGGAGCUGUACGAAGUGACAGCAGUUGUGCCUGUUAAUUUUGCGUUCUCCACAGCCAGUGCCAUCAUUUCAGGGGUCAUAUUUUAUCAGGAAUUCCAAAGUGCAGCUUUGCUGAGCGUGUUCAUGUUUCUGUUCGGGUGUCUCCUUUCUUUUCUUGGUGUAUUUUUAAUUACAAGAAAUAGAAAAGAGGAACAUUUACAAAUUCCUUAUAUUGACUGUGGACAUAUUCCUGGACAAAAAGUGACAGGCAAAGUACAGCCAGAUUCUUGCCGUUUGUGCUAUGGCACUUUGAGGAACAAAGAUGACUUGGGGAAACCUCAAAGCUGA